CGACCAACCAUUUACCCUACCUAAUCGGAAAAAGAAACCCCCGCUCUCCGCUUCCUCUUCCCCAGAAAAAGAGCCCCUUUUUCUAAUACUUCCCCUUCUCCUUCCACAUGCUCCCUUUGUCGCAGAGCAUGUGGCCUCUUACCGCUUGUUCCCUCCUCCUCCUCUUCUCCUCCUUCUUCCGCUCUUCCGAGACGGGCUCCAUAGGAGUGAACUAUGGGCGGGUAGCGAACAACCUCCCGCCAGCGGCCAACGUGGUGCAGCUCCUCAAGUCGCAGGGCAUCGACCAGGUCAAGCUCUACGACACCGACCCCAACGUCCUCCGCGCCCUCGCCGGCACCGGCAUCCGUGUGGUGGUCGCCCUCCCCAAUGAGCAGCUGGCUGCCGCCGCCCGCCGCCCGGGGUUCGCCCUCGCCUGGGUCCAGCGCAACGUGGCCGCCUACCACCCGGCCACCCAGAUCCAAGCCAUCGCCGUGGGGAAUGAGGUCUUCGUCGACCCCCACAACCUGACCUCCGCCCUGGUCCCGGCCAUGCAGAACGUCCAUGCUGCCCUCGCUCGUCUCCGCCUCGACGCCGACGUCAAGGUCUCGUCCCCCAUUGCCCUCACCGCGCUCCAGAACUCCUAUCCCUCCUCCGCCGGCUCGUUCCGAGCCGACCUGGCCGAGCCGGUGAUGAAGCCUAUGCUGGAGCUCCUGCGCCAGACCGGCUCCUACCUCAUGGUCAACGCUUACCCGUUCUUCGCCUACGAGGCUAACGCUGACGUCAUCUCUCUCGACUACGCCCUCUUCCGCCCCAACCCUGGGGUGCUCGACUCCGGGAACGGGCUCAAAUACUACAGCCUACUCGACGCCCAGAUAGACGCCGUUUUCGCGGCCAUGUCGGCCCUCAAGUACGACGACGUUAAAGUCGUGAUCUCCGAGACGGGGUGGCCGUCAAAGGGGGAUGCGAACGAGACGGGAGCGGGGGCGGCGAACGCGGCGGCGUACAAUGGCAACCUGGUGCGCCGGGUUCUCUCCGGGAAUGCCGGGACGCCGCGGCGGCCGCAGGCGGACCUGGACGUCUACCUCUUCGCCCUCUUCAACGAGGACCAGAAGCCCGGGCCCACAUCGGAGAGGAACUACGGCCUCUUCUACCCGGACGAGGAGAAAGUAUACGACAUCGAGUUCACUUUAAGCGGUGGUGGUGGCAGUAGCAACGGUGGAGCGGCUUUAAGGUGGCGGGAGAAUAGGGGCAGAGCGGACGGAGGGGAUGGCUCCUCCUCGUCGUCAUCGUCGCCGUCGUCGUCGUCGACGGGGAGUGGGAGAGUGUCGGCGAGCUCAACAGGGGAGAAGUGGUGCGUGGCGAAUGGGAUGGUGGGGAGGGGGAGGCUGCAGGCGGCGCUGGACUACGCGUGCGGGGAGGGAGGGGCGGACUGCAGGUCGAUCCAGCCCGGGGCGGACUGCUACGAGCCCAACACCUUGGAGGCCCACGCCUCCUACGCCUUCAACUCCUACUUCCAGAAGAAAGGCCGCGGCGUCGGCACCUGCGACUUCGAGGGCGCCGCCUACGUCGUCUCCCAGGCCCCCAGUAUUGGGAAGUGUACGCUCCCCGCGGGACCUUGAACGGUAGAGGGGAGGCCGGAGGAGUGGUGUUCACGGCAAAGGAUACAGUGAGGAAUGAUGAGAAUCUUUGCUGCCGCUGUUGACCGCUGCUGGGUGGCGAUUGGAGGUCAGGAGGGGCAGCUUGGAUUCUGAAUAUAUGUAUAUUUUUUUUGUAAUGUAAUUGUAUUAUUUUAUGGCAGAUAGCAUGUGAACAAGGGUAGCAGUUGUUUGACCCUUGUCCCCUUUUAUUCUUCUUUUUAAUGAACUGAUGUUUAGGAUUUCAGCGUAUAAGUUUUUAUUAAUUUAACUAUCCGUUUUAGUUCUUGUCA